UCUAGCAUCUACCAUUAAUAACCACUCUCAGUAGCCUCACAGGCCCCCGAAACCCCCCCUGUAAUAUCCUGGGCUCCGCAGCAGGGGGUCCCGGGGGCGGCCAUGAACCCCAGCGCAGCCGCCGAGGGAUUUCCCGCCGUGCAGUUUUCAGGAGGGGCCACAGUGCUGGUGGAGCUCACUGCAGACAUACACAUCUGUGGCCUCUGCAAGGCCCAGUUCAAUAAUCUGGAUGCUUUUGUGGCACACAAGCAGACUGGCUGCCACCUUACCAGCGCCACCACGGGCGGAGCGAACGCCGUCCAGUUUGUAUCGGCAGAAACGGUGACCCCGUCUCAGACAGCAGCGCGGACCAUCACCUCGGAGACACAGACUAUCACUGUUUCUGCUCCAGAAUUUGUGUUUGAACACGGAUAUCAAACCUUUUUGCCGAGUGAAGGGCCAGCAUCCCAGAGCGUCACUAUAGCCACAAAAUGUCGCUCCAGGAAACUCUCUGCUUCCUUAUCCCAGAAGAAGCAAAGCUGCCACUACCCAGGCUGUCAGUUCAAAACUGCUUAUGGAAUGAAAGACAUGGAGCGUCACUUGAGGACCCAUACAGGUGACAAACCCCACAAGUGUGAGACAUGUGGAAAGUGUUUCAGCCGGAAGGAUAAGCUAAAGACGCACAUGCGGUCCCACACGGGAGAGAAACCAUAUAAAUGUAAGGAGUGCGACUACAGUGCAGCAGACAGUAGUAGCCUUUGCAAACACCAGCGCAUUCAUACAGAUGAGCGCCCCUUCAAGUGUCAGAUCUGCCCAUAUGCCAGCCGCAACUCCAGCCAGCUGACUGUGCAUCUGCGGUCACACACAGGAGAUGCGCCUUUCCACUGUAUCCUCUGUAACUCCAAGUUUAAGAUCAACUCUGACCUGAAGAGACACAUGCGAGUCCACACAGGGGAGAAGCCAUACCACUGCGACUUCUGUGAUUUCUAUUGUGCAAUGAAGGGGAACCUGAAAUCGCACAUACGCAUGAAGCAUAACUCCGAGAGCAUGUUUAAGUGCAAUCAAUGUGAGUUUCAGUGUAGCAGCAAGGCUGAUCUGCGGCAACAUUUACGCUCUCACUUACCGGAGCAACCAGUUAAAUGCCUCGAGUGCAGCUAUUCCUGCGCCAAUAGAGCAGCUCUGAAGGUGCAUGAGCGGAUCCACUCUAGUGACCGACCGUUUAAAUGCCAUUUCUGUAAAUUUGACACGAAACAGCGCAGCAACCUGACAACCCACAUCAAAAAGGUUCACGGUGACCAAGUCAAAGAGGUAUCUGAUCCACAGAAGACAGAAGGCAAUUUUCAAAGGCAAUCCACGGCACGGAAAAAUAACAAAGUGGAAGCCAAAAAAACUUUUAAGUGUGACCUCUGUGAGGCUUCGUUUGUUAGAGAAGACUCUCUGCGCAGUCACAAGAAGCAACACAACGAGUACAUUAUACGGAAGAACCAAACCUUGUCCAUACUGCAGCUUUCACUCGAUCCAUCAAGAGAGAGUGAUGAUCAGACGACAGAGAGUCCUUCCAAAGCCAGUCCAGCCACAACGUUCAUUACAGGGAAAGAGAAAGUUGGGCAAAGGCUUCAAGGCAAAGACAGUACAGAGACUUCUUUGGAGAAUGCUUUAGAUCCAGAGAAUACGAUGACUAGCAACCAGCUCCAGAUGUUGAGCCAUGUCAAUUUAAUGGCCUCUUCUCAGACAAGGUCUUCUCAAAGCACUGAAGUAGAAAUGGUACAGGCUGAUGGUGAUCAUAUAAAUGAGGAACUGAUAGGGAAUGAUGCGGACCAUAGCCAGGGAUCCCCAUCCAACCCAACCUUUAUCAAUGCCGCAGGCAUGUCCUGUUCAGACCUGGAGGGUCUCAAUGUCUUAAUUCAUGAAGAGUCCGAUAACGUGACUGUGGUUAGGGUGGGAGAUGGUGACUCUGCAGCACCCAACUCUCCGUCCUCCCCAAAUUUUCCUUCACCUUCGGUGGCCUCUCCCAAAGAAAAGUACAUCAUCAUCCAAGACAAUGAAAGCCCUGACGUUCUAUGCCCUGCGGACGCCAUACCUGAUUGACUGGACGUAUCUUGAAGGAUUGAGACUGUUUCUUAGAUAAAAACUAUGCACUGCCACUUAAUGUGCUACAUACAAGGUUAGCACCAUGUCAGUCACACUCUUGUUGGUUGUACUGGUUAGGGCAAGAAAGCUGAUUUACUAAAGACCCCUUUACACUGCUAGAUACAGCAGACGAUUGUCAGGAGGGAAGCGUUUCUUCCUGACAAUCGUUUGCUCAUCAGUGGAGGAGACCACAGUAUGGGGAGGAGCGAUCACUAAAUCGGCGGCACCGUUACAUCGGCAGAUCAUCGCUAAUGAGUGAUUCUAUGAACACUAGUGAUUAUCUGCCUGAUGCUCGGCCAGUGUAAAGAGGCCUUUAGCGGUCAGUGUCCUAUGUAAACCGUAGUGACCAUCUGAGUGCCUUUCAUGAACUCCAGAUGUUCCCUGAAUAUGCAGAGGAGCACCCCCACUCAGCCAUCUUACAUUAUCUCACAGACAUGUGCCUCAGUUGAGUUGGUAAGGCAUAUCCACAACCUUUCAAAGAACUGGAAAGUAAAGAGCAACAUCAGACUAAUGUAUACAGUAUAUAUUACUUCCCAAGCAGGUCUUCAUUUCUUUCAUCUUCUAUUCAUUGAUGUAGAGCAGGGUCCUCUUCACUUGUAUUUUCAUACAUGAAUUACCUCAUGGGUGUCAUAAAACGCUUCAAAUAUGGGCAACAUUUCUUGGCACAUAAUAUUGGUGUAAAUGUACACCAGUUAUGAGGUAGCAUAAAGAAGAGUCUAACAUGCCUAAUGUGGUGCCAAAUUUAUCAUGCCAUUUACAUCUUUUUGAGCAAUAUGGUGCCAUUUUCACCUACUAUUACAUUUGUUUAAACGGUGACACCGUUGAUGAGACCAAUUUUACACAAGCGUAACACAGUUGCAAAACCCGAGUUAGUGUCCAUUUACACGUCUAUAGUGUAUUGCGGAUCCGCAAAUUGCAGAUCCUCAAUACACCCGGCCGGCACCCCCCUAGAACUGCCUAUUCUUGUCCGCAAUUGCGGAC